CUUGUUAAUUUAUUUAUUUAUUUUUUAGUUUUUGAAGUGGUUGAAGUUAAGCUUGCACAAUGCAGGCUCUCUGGCCUCUGUGGUUGUCUGCUUCUUUAUGUCUGCUGGAUGCUUCACCGCUGUUUGUGGAGAAAGAAAGCACUAGCUCCAGGAUCUGUAAACCUGCACCUCAUUGGAAUAUCAGCGACCAAGCUCCGAUGAAACAGCUUCUGGGAAAUGUAGUCGUUGUGGCUCUUCUUAAAGCAACCUGACACUUCUGUCUCACGCAGGCCGCCAGGGUUGGAGAACUGCGUGACAAGUUGGCCCGUGGCAAUCUGACUGACAUUGCAUUUCUGAUUGUCAAUGAGCAGGAUGCAAUGUCCAGAGCCAUGUACUGGGAACUUAAGAGAAGGGCAGCCAAGGGUAUCCCUGUAUAUCAGCAGACCCCACUGCAAAAAGAUGUCUGGGAGAUCUUAGAGGGAGACAAAGAUGAUUUUUUGGUGUAUGAUAGAUGUGGAUUUUUGACCUUCCAUAUUGUACUGCCAUACAGCUUUCUUCACUACCCUUAUGUAGAAGCUGCCAUCAGAGCCACAUACCACAAAGACAUAUGCAACUGUUCACUGAGUGCUAAUUCAACCAUGUCAGCAGACAACAAGAAACCUGAACUUACAGAGCCUGCUGUUGAACCACCAACAUCUAGUCUUCAUCAUCACCAUCAUACGCAUCAUCAUCAUCAUCAUCAUCCACCACACAAUAACACUAAUGAAAAAAGAAGUGAACCAAAGGAGCCAACCGAGCAUUCUCAUAAAAAACAUAGCUUGUAUAACAUAAAGCGUUAGGGCCUACAUUACAGUAUUUACUGCUACAAUACACAAUCUUAUAUGAUAGUUAUGUUUUACAACAAACCCUACUGCAGGACCACAUGGAGCACAUGCACAAAUAAACAACUGAAGAGAUUUGUGUGAUAUAAACCAGCUGAAUGUAUGUACAGUACACUGUCAGAAAUAAAUGGUCCCACACUGUCACUGUGAUAGUACCCUUUAAAAAAGUAAUGUAUACAUUACCAAUAUGUGAAGGUACUAAUGUGAACUCUUUAGUUGCAAGGGUGUACUUUUUGAAAGGGUACCGUCUCCAUGACAUCUAGGGACAAAUUUUAACCAUUUUUUCUGACUAUGUGAAUAUGCUGAUAGGAUGGAUUUGUGGAUUUAUUGAAUAAUUUGUAUAGUUAUUUUUUUAGAUAUGAAAAUAUGUUUUGUUUUUUUAUAACAGAGCUGGUCUAGAAUCAGACCUUUAUAUUGACCUUAAACGUGGGAAUUCUGAUGGUUGUGGGUGUUGAAAUAUCAAGUGUUUGUCCUCAAUGCUUUUAAUGAAGUGUGCACUUUAAACUUGGAUCAGGGGUCUGCAUACAGAUGCUGAGCAGAGGGGUCAACUAUGACUAUACAGUACACUAUAUCAGUAUUUCCUCAUAUCUAAAAUUUUGAAACAAAGAGCUUUGUUAAUAUUGUCCAUUUACAACAGCUACUGUUUAUUUGUUAAUGUCUGAAAUAUUAACUAAGGGAGUGUCACAAUUGUUCACAACCAAGUUCUAAAAUAAAUUCACAUCAGCAUAUGACAUACAACA